GGAAUGUAGUUUUUUCCUCGUUCAUGUGGCGUCUUCUGUUGUGGUAAAUUGUAAUAUUUAAUGAUUGAGGAAGAAAUAUAUGGAACAAUGGAACAACAACAACAACAAAAUUCGGAUGAUCCACGUAUCGCUGAAUUGAUUAUAAUUUCUUCAAUGUAUCCUACACAAUUACAAUGUGUAGAUGAUGAAAUCCAAAGGUCAAUUGAUGAACAAAAUUUUCAUCGUUUCAAUCAUUCAAUCACAGCGUUAUUCAACGUUGAUACAAUGCUUGAAAUUCAUCUCAUCAUGCCUGUUGAAUAUCCGAAUGAUGAUCCAAAUUGUUUACAAAUUUAUUGUCGAAUCACAGAUACUUCGUUGUUGAAUGAUCAUAAAAAUCUUCAAAAACAACUAAAUGAACGAGUGAAAAAUGAAAUUAUCGAUUCGGGUAGUUUGAUUAAUGUCAUACCAAAAAUCAUUGAAAUAUGGACCGAAAUGAAAUCAUCAAAAUGCGAUUCGAAUCAUUCUAAUGCUGAAAAAGAUGAUGAUGAUGACAAAAUUGACAAUAAUUCAUGCAUCAAUCGUUGUUGGAUAUAUUCACAUCAUAUUUAUUCAUCUAUAAAACGAAAAUCGAUUAUUGAUCUAUGUCGUAAACAUAAUCUAAAUGGAUUUAUGUUGAUUGGAAAGCCAGGUUUUAUUUGUGUGGAAGGAAGCGACAAUGAUUGUGAUCAAUUUUGGACAACAAUCCGAUCAUGGAAUUGGCAACGUAUUAUAAUGAUCGAUGUGGAAAAAAUGUCUAAAUCUCAAACACAACAUUUAACAUUCGAUUCAUUCGUCGAACAUGUCGACCGUUCCACUGUGUUUCGAAUUUUGGAACAGAAAAAAUGUGAUGAAAUAAUCAAAAAUUUUCUUGGAAUCAAAUGAAAUUUUUUUUUUGAAAAAGAUUAUUU